AUGGUUAAAAUAAGAGAUACAACAAUACCGCUAUCGUGGAGUGAUCAAUGCAAAACACCAACAGCUAAUCAUCAUCAAUUGGAGAGUCCGGCAAUAAAGACUGCUUUGGCGCCCUACAACUAUCCGCAAGAAACAGCAGUAACAUCAUGCACGACAGCAACUGGUACUCACUACUCCAUUGUCACCACAUCAGCAGCAGCUCUAAGUUCAACAACAACUUCAUCCACUUCUCCUGAACCAAUCCAUACACCUUCAACUCUCAUUCAAACCGCAACACGUAGUGCUGAAUGUAGCGCACCAUCUACACUGAUCGCAUCGUCAUCACCAAGAAACCGCGAUAAGCAAUCGCCAAACAAACUCGAACUCGAAAAUAAUAACAAAAAACAAAAGAACAAAAUGCAAAGCUCUACACAAACAACUCUACAAGAGUAUUGGUUAGGCAAUCCAGCUUCAUCAAAUAGGUUCGAUCUCUUGGAUGUAGAACCAAAUAUCAAUAAGCCAGAAAGCAACCCAGUAGAAAAAGAUCCAGGUACGCAGCGUGCACAAAAACCGCCACCAAUAUAUUGCUCAACUUACUCUGAUAAUAAUGUACAUGUAGAAACAAGAGAAACUAUGGUUAAAAUAAGAGAUACAACAAUACCGCUAUCGUGGAGUGAUCAAUGCAAAACACCAACAGCUAAUCAUCAUCAAUUGGAGAGUCCGGCAAUAAAGACUGCUUUGGCGCCCUACAACUAUCCGCAAGAAACAGCAGUAACAUCAUGCACGACAGCAACUGGUACUCACUACUCCAUUGUCGCCACAUCAGCAGCAGCUCUAAGUUCAACAACAACUUCAUCCACUUCUCCUGAACCAAUCCAUACACCUUCAACUCUCAUUCAAACCGCAACACGUAGUGCUGAAUGUAGCGCAUCGUCAUCACCAAGAAACCGCGAUAAGCAAUCGCCAAACAAACUCGAACUCGAAAAUAAUAACAAAAAACAAAAGAACAAAAUGCAAAGCUCUACACAAACAACUCUACAAGAGUAUUGGUUAGGCAAUCCAGCUUCAUCAAAUAGGUUCGAUCUCUUGGAUGUAGAACCAAAUAUCAAUAAGCCAGAAAGCAACCCAGUAGAAAAAGAUCCAGGUACGCAGCGUGCACAAAAACCGCCACCAAUAUAUUGCUCAACUUACUCUGAUAAUAAUGUACAUGUAGAAACAAGAGAAACUAUGGUUAAAAUAAGAGAUACAACAAUACCGCUAUCGUGGAGUGAUCAAUGCAAAACACCAACAGCUAAUCAUCAUCAAUUGGAGAGUCCGGCAAUAAAGACUGCUUUGGCGCCCUACAACUAUCCGCAAGAAACAGCAGUAACAUCAUGCACGACAGCAACUGGUACUCACUACUCCAUUGUCACCACAUCAGCAGCAGCUCUAAGUUCAACAACAACUUCAUCCACUUCUCCUGAACCAAUCCAUAUACCUUCAACUCUCAUUCAAACCGCAACACGUAGUGCUGAAUGUAGCGCACCAUCUACACUGAUCGCAUCGUCAUCACCAAGAAACCGCGAUAAGCAAUCGCCAAACAAACUCGAACUCGAAAAUAAUAACAAAAAACAAAAGAAUAAAAUGCAAAGCUCUACACAAACAACUCUACAAGAGUAUUGGUUAGGCAAUCCAGCUUCAUCAAAUAGGUUCGAUCUCUUGGAUGUAGAACCAAAUAUCAAUAAGCCAGAAAGCAACCCAGUAGAAAAAGAUCCAGGUACGCAGCGUGCACAAAAACCGCCACCAAUAUAUGCAACAAGUGGUUUAAAUGACAGUAAUACUUAUGCUGCCGCUGGUGUGUUAAGAGAGGCCAAGAUAACGGCAGAGCCAUUAAGAGGACCAUCAGCCUCUGUUCGUGUAUUGACGCCGACUUCUGCGCCCACUGCUUCUGCACCUACUGUUAGUGUAUUGACGCCGACUUCUGCACCCACUGCUUCACUCAGUUAUUCUGCUGCUGCCGCUGCUAAUAUCAACAUUUCAACGCCGCCUACUCUCUCUGCUUCUUCAACUAAUGCUGAUGCUGUGGCUGCUCACAUCAACAUGUCGACUGCGGGAGCCAAACAAAGCAUUGUUCCCGUACCUAGCGAACAAAUGCAUACUCAAACUUCGUGGACAACUAUUCAAGGGCGAAUGCGUAAAGCUAAUAAAAGGUCUCGGGAUGUAGUUAUUGGUCUUAAUUCAAGUACUGAGAUUGAUAUAGUAGCUACGAAUAAGAGAUCGUUACGCAAUACUUAUCAAUUUCAUCUUAAAUUUCUUAACACGAAUUAUGCGCGUAAUGCUCCUAUUGCCGGCGCUUUAAGAGAAUUCAAUGAGGUCUUGAGUUCUGUUGAUAACACCGUGCAACACUGA